UUGUGCUCAUUUUCAAUACAAUAAGGUGUACCAGUUUUUCCAAGAUCAUAAUCAUGAUCUUCUCAUUCUUUCUGUCCCUUAUUACACUAAUUCUGAUAAGAGUUAUCCACAAAGUAUUAUGGCUCCCUUUUCGCAUACAACACAUGCUUCGGUCACAAGGAAUCACCGGCCCGCCCUACAAAAUUAUUCAUGGGAGUACUAAGGAGAGCCUGAGGUUGAAACAGCAAGCAAGAGAUGGUCCUAUGGAGUUGUCACACGAUAUAUUCCCUAGAGUCCAACCUAGUUUCUAUUCAUGGAUGAAGCUAUAUGGUAAGAAUUUUCUUACUUGGACUGGCCCUCAACCUCAUCUGGUGAUUACUGAACCUGAGUUGGUCAAAGAAAUACUAACCAACAAAGAAGGUAUUUUCCAGAAAAUCAAGGUUCAGGGCCCUGCAAAGAAGUUGGUUGGAGAUGGACUUGUUAUGACAGAAGGAGCAAAGUGGUCGAAGCUACGAAAACUGGCCAACCAUGCAUUCUAUGCAGAAAGCUUAAAGGGUAUGAUUCCAGCCAUGAUUGCAAGUGUUGAGAAUAUGCUGGAAAAUUGGAGAAUGUAUGAAGGAAAGGAGAUAGAGGUGUCCAAAGAGUUCAUGGUUUUCAGUUCAGAAGUGAUUUCAAGAACAGCUUUUGGGAGCAGUUACUUGGAAGGGAAGAACAUCUUCGAUAUGCUGAUGAAGCUGGGGUUUCUUAUAUUCAAGAAUGCUGACAAAGUUCGACCUUUUGGAAUCGAAAAAAUUUGGAAAACACAAGAUGACAUUGAAUCAGACAAAAUCGAGCAGUCCCUUCGUGACUCUCUCAUGGUAAUAUUGAGGAAAAGGGAAGAAAAGGUACUAACAGGACAAGCAGACAACUUUGGGAGCGAUUUCCUAGGAUCACUCCUGAGAGUUCACCAUGAUGCAGACAAGAAAAACAGAAUUUCAUUAGAUGAUGUCAUCGAUGAAUGCAAAGUAUUCUUUCUUGCUGGACAUGAAACAACUAGCAGCCUGCUGUCCUGGACUUUUCUUCUGUUAGCAAUCCACACAGAUUGGCAAGAUAAAGCAAGAAAAGAAGUUCUUGAAUUGUUUGGCCAAGAAAACCCAACAGCUGAAGGCCUUCCCAGAUUGAAAACAGCUAGCAUGAUUAUCAAUGAGGCCUUAAGGCUUUACGGCCCAGUAGCAAGUCUAGUAAGAAGAGUGGCAAGGAAAGUUAGGGUGGGGAAAUAUGUACUCCCGGCUAACAUGGAGUUGCAGAUUUCUCCUUUAGCCCUUCACAGAAAUCCAGAAAUAUGGGGAGAAGAUGCUCAUCUUUUCAAACCAGAGAGAUUUGCAGAAGGGAUAGCAACAGCGACAAGGAACAACCCGAUGGCCUUCCUCCCCUUUGGAUAUGGACCAAGAACUUGUGUUGGGUUGAACUUUGCAAACAAUGAAGUGAAGAUAGCACUGUCAAUGAUUCUUCAGCGUUAUAAGUUUACAUUGUCACCGAGUUAUAUUCACUCUCCUCUUUCUCUUGUGACAAUACGCCCGCAACAUGGCGUGCAGAUCAUGCUUCAGAAGUUGUAAAGUGAACAAAAUGGACAUACUCAAUCUGCCUAGUGGCGCUAUGAAUGGUUGAAUGUUUGGUUUCAACUGUACAACUAUUAGUGGUAGAAGUUUGCAUCAACGCUUUGUAAUAACACGAGAAAAAUCCUCUUUCAAGGUGAUGAAGUUAAUGCAAGACUGUAAUAUACAUGAAUAAUUGGAUAUACAAAAUUCCUUUUUGCGCUGCCUCUUCUACAUGAAUAGUCGGCCAUUUGACUUGAAACAUGAUUUGGGAGUGUUCUGUCAAACAGUCCAUGAAUGUCUUCAGAUUAGUCCUCAUCAAUACUAGGGUUGAAUUUAUGUAACAGUCCCAGUCUAUGUUUACUUUCAAGUUAGCAUCCUUACUUCAAAACAGAGGUGGUCAUAAGGUUUCAUGAACUAUAUAAGUAAUCAACAAUGAGAAGAAAACUGCAAAAUGUACAUUGUAAAAAGCAAGUCAAUGCUUAAAACCAUCAAUGAGACUUGGCCAUAGUUUCCUGUUGGAUCUCUAACAUGGAAGGCAACACAAGAGGAGAAAGAAGAGGGAUCGGAUCUUUACUGGAGAAAUAAGAAUUGACUGUCGACACUGCUCCUGCUGCUGAUGAUGAUGAUGUUGACGAUGAUGAAUCUUUAUUACACCCAAUCAAUUUUACAAUGCUUCUGCAUUCUGAAGUUGCUGGCUUUAGCUGCAGAGGAUGGGGGGCACGCCUUUGAAGCCGGCUCAAGGGGGGCUUUCGAGUAACCACAAACUCAUCUCUGGGAACUAAGGUUUGGAAUCCUGGAAACUCACUGUCGAAGCUCUCCAUUGCAUUAGACAAUCCUGAUAGAUAAGGAGAGAGUCUUGCUAUUCUUGAACUUGUAUUACUCAAGUACUAUUUUUCUGUAGGUUUUUGCUGUGAUCAGGAUAUGAGAAACAUCUGUGGGAUUCUUUUGCCAUGAGUGUCCUAUGACGAAUUUGAUGGGAACAUGGUCCAGCCUGUAUAUGGCCCCC